CCAGUCGAGAUGGAAGACGAUUGCCUUGAAAAACUUUGCUCUUUAAUGAGGCAAAGUGAUUUGUGACCGGUGACCGCCCAAGGCAAUCAAAACAAAGAGGUUUCGUGACCCUCUUUCUCAAAAGGUUGAGUUUAAGCUCAGCUUAAAGGUCCCUAUUGAUGGGACUUAGGUGGCCUGCUGUCAAUCAGUCCCUUUUUUUGGUUCUCUGCCUCAUUUCAGUCUAGCAAAUAUGUUUGUUCUCAUUAGGAGUAGGUGGAAUUGAGAACACAUUUGUUGACGAAUUUACCAGUUUGCCUCUUGGCUAUUCGCUGGCUAGAAGCCACUCACUUUGUAUUCACCAGCCAACCAUUUAUCGUUGCUCCUCACUCUCAUCCCAUCCAAGGGCCCUCAGCAUCUCUCCAGUUUCCAAACCAACCUUUGAACAAGUCCAAAUCAAUAUGAUGAUUGCAACGACAUGCCUCUUGGUCACUUUGUUAAUUGUAAUCCAAGAACAAGUUGGUAACUCCCAUGUCGUCACAUUUCGUCAAGCAACUGAAUGGUUAAAGAGUUAUACCCCAAGAAUUUCCGUCGGCGAAAUAAAAGAUCGUUUGGAAAUCGAUGAGGGUUCCGGAAUAAUGGAAACGAUGCCAAAUGAGGGUUCCGGAGUAAUGGAAACGAUGCCAAAUGAGGGAGAAUGUAGUGGAGUAGAUGAAGAGUUUACCAUUUCCCUGCCGAAUCCGAGUGGAUGUUAUAUUUUCCAAACCACUGGAUUCAACAUGGAGGGAUAUCCGAAUAAUACAGGGUCUUUUGAUAAAUACUUUUGCGAUUACACCAUUGAGUUUGGGGCGAAUGUAAGUGGAACGGUGACCGUUAAAGAAAAAGAUUUCCAGUUCCAAGAACCGAACAGUGAUGGAGAUUGCGGUGAUCUUGUAUUCAUUCUUGGUGUCAACGAUGAACAGCAAGAAUUAAACAAUAGUGACUCCGACGACCGAGACCCGUGUACAAAUUCCCUAAUAUAUUGUGGCACGAUUACAGGAGACAAGAUCCGCGAUUUCUCUGACGAUGAGCUUUUCAUUCGAUUAGCCGCCGACGACACAGAGAACGGCAACAGAGCCGAGAUUGUUAUUUGUAUUACUUAAAAGAGUUGGGGUCAAAAACCCAAUUCUAUGUUUUUGCCACUGUAUGAACCAUGAAGUGAUCAUUGGUUUAUGUGUUUUUCUUUUAUUUUGACCGACUUCAUGGUUUCGAAAAUGCAUUAAAUAAAUCCUGGGAAGGUCCUUUUUGGUA